UAGUCAGUUAUGUGAAAUGAUCAAAUGUGCUGUGUUUGCUUUAUAUUGACAUAAACAAAAGGUAAUGCUUUUUUGGCUGCUGAGCAGACUUAAUUAACAAAACUAAGAAAAUACUGUGAAAAUGUGAAUUAGCUGCUGCUUCGCUGAACAAGUACAGUCCUAUUUUAGAGGAUGGAGCAGAGCUACGCAAUGAAUAUCAGCAGGCAGUUUUAUCCACUGAGGAGAUGAGCCCUCGAGCAAGACCCAAGCGCCAGGUUUGGUGUGCUGUUGCACGACCAGGUGACCAGCAAGUGUCACUACAUCCAUCCUCUGAUUGUUCCACUGCAUCACCACCCAUCAAGUCCUGCACUGUGUGUACCUGAAUCAGGCCUCUGUUGAAGAGCCGCGAUGGGCAGUGUAGCAUGCAGAUGGUCCUGAUUGGAUGUAAACGCCAUUUACCAGAGUGCAUCCUGGGAAAUGAAUAACAAGUGGAAUCCCAAACAAGAAUGAUCCGUGUAAACCAAUGGAGAAUAUUCAGCACAUCCAGGCUUCAUUCAAAGCAGCCAGCUGAGCUCUGUGGAGAUUAGGAGGCUCAGCGCUGCACCAAUACAUGGUUUCCAAGAAGACCUGACGCAAACACACACAAACCUGGACUUCAACAUGUCCAUGACAGACAAACUGUUACUCACUCUGUUAGUGGGAAUUGAGAUAUUUUAAGAGGAUUCAACACUAAUCUUGAACCAUUUCAAGAUUUUUCAGCAUUUACAUCUUUAAAAACAAGCCGAGGGGUUUUCCGUGGACAAAAGUUGAUUCAGCGUUUAUCGCAGACUGAGGUGGUCUUCAUUGCAACCUGCUACUGCAUCCAUAACAUAAGCUGGGCGACACACUCUGAGGAUCUCAAAGCUAAUCUGAACAGCUGAACCCAUAAAUAGCCUCUGUGGGGCCUCUUAUGGCUGACAGCAACACGGUGACAACUGUCCCCGUCCUCGUCAACGUCACUGGCAAUCUCACUGGCAACACCACCACGCCCACCGCCGUCCAGGUAGCCAAAGUGAUCAGCUGGCUGACGUUUAGCAUCGGGCUGCCUGCCAUUGCACUGGCUAUUUACACCCUCAAGAAUCUGUCCAAAGGUGAGAACAAAGUUCCCAUGCAUGUCAUGUUCCUCCUGGUCUCUGACGUUAUCAGUUUCUUUGGUCGUCCCCGUGUGGCCCAGGACAUGGAGAGUGGGGCCGUCUUCUCCUCCAACAUCAACGACUACAUCUUCUAUUUUGGGGUCAUCUCCAAUGUCACCCUCAUGCUGUUCAUAGCUCAGGAGCAUCAUCUCCUGGUGGCCUACCCACAGUGUCUCAGCUGCUGCAGCAGUAUCAGGCGGUCUCCUGCAGUUGCCUUGGUGACAUGGGCUGCUCCGUUUGGCAUCCUGGCCCUCGCCAUGCUGCAGUACAACCUCUGGUUUGCAGUGUCUCUGCUCGUGCCUUUCCCCUUCCUCCUCUUCUUUGCUGUGGACUCCUGCAGGGCCCUGAUCUGCUCCCGAUCUAACCCAUCGACCCCGGAGAGGAGGAGGGCGGUGUGGGGGAUCAGUGCGAUCUGGGCUAACUACACCCUCCUCUACGUCCCCUUCAUCCUCAGCAUCCUUCUGGAGGCUCUGUCCUUUAAGAUGACGGUGACAUACCUGGGGCUGGUGUCUCACCUGCUGCUCUACCUCAGCCCUCUGGUGGACCCCUUCCUCUACAUAUUCAUGACCAAAGGGCUCAAAGAGGUGCUGCAGGUGCUACCCUGCUGUCAAAAGACAAGUCGGAAAGAGAACAUGAGACCCACUGUGGACACUGUGGCUGAGACUGUGGAGACGAGACUUUGAGGAGGACGUAGUUUUCAAAAAGAUUUCCAAACAUCCGCCUAGUUUGGGACAACUCGUACUCCCGUUGGAUUUUUGGAGCAGAUGCCAAAACAGCAUGACCUAAUACUAUGGUUCUGUAAUUUCUGAUAACAACAUAACAGUCCCUCCACAAUCUCGCAGUCUUGUUCGUGAUCCUUGCGAACCAAAAUACCUGCUUUUGUACAAAAGAUUGUGACAAACUUUGUAAUCGCUUGUGCCUUAUUUUUCAAUAAAUCAAAGUUAAACGUUAAAAAUUGCAAGUAAGCUGUAAAAAAUGUGAUGUUUAAACAAGGCAUCGAUAAUAAUAAUAUGUAAUAUUAUCCAAUGAGAGUAAGCAUUACCUUAGCAAUUUCUUAGUUUCUUUGCAGUGAAUCGGCUCUAUAAGGACAGCUUCGUGCUUCCUACAGUGGUGUGCAGUGCUGCCAGCAAACUCCAUAAACCAAAUGUUUCUAAGAUUAAAAAUGUUCUCCAGUUUUGCUAAACUGGAGAACUUAGUUGGGAGUGAUACAUGGGGGUAAGGACUGCCUGAAGUUCUAGGGAGGACCAUUGUUAGAUUGAAGCUUGAUUUUUAUUCAACUUUGUCUCGUGAAAACAGAACCCCCAGAAAGGUGAUGUUUUAUCUAAUAUCUUGUACACACAAGUUAUAACCUUGUGUUAUUGAAAAAUAUAUUUUUCAGGACUUUAGGGGAAGUGCACUUAAAAUGAUUCUGAUUUGGAUUAUUAUUUGGUGAAAAACUGCUGUGAUUGGUAAAAUUACACACUCUUACAAAUCUUGUUUUUUUUUUCUUUUUACUCUACUAAAUGCACUUUAUUUGAAAAUACUCGCAUAUUUUCAUGCAGCUACACACUAAUGUUUUUGUCUUGAUGUUAUACUGUGGUCCUGAAGAAAUGUUACUUCAUUUUAACGGUAACUUUGUAAGAAUUUGCGUCAGUUCUUCCAUGGCAAGACUGCAAAUAUCCAGAGGGACUUUCUCUUGGCUGACACUGAUUUUGCCCGACUGACUGGCAGCAGUUUGAAUGGGACUCACAACCUAACCUCUAAUAAGAUUAAUGGCAUACAAAAGUCCACACUAAAAGGAAAGGUUUUCUAAAAC